AUGGAGGUCCAUAAAGAUAAUUGGAAGCAGCUUUUGCUCCCAAUUUUGAAGGAUAUUGCAAAUGCUACUUUCGUUUCCUUCGAUCUAGAGAUGAGUGGUAUUACUACACGACCAAAGCAUAGUAAUCAAGAGCGAACUCAUGAUAUCGGAAAGCCAAGUCUUCAACAACAAUACGAAGAAGUUAAGGAUGCCGCCGAGACUUUCCAAGUUCUUCAACUUGGUAUCACUUGUGUUUUGGAAGAACGUGAAAAGGAAUUUUAUCUUGCUAAGCCAUAUAACAUCAACCUCAGUCCUCUGUUCAUCUUUGACAGAGUUUUUGAUCUGGAUCGCAACUUUUCUUUCUCCAGUUCUGCGACUAACUUCCUCCAAUCUAAUGGCUUCGACAUUGGUGCUGUUUUCACCAAAGGGGUUCCCUACUUGUCGGAGCAGGAAGAAGUCGAGACUCGUGAACGUUAUGAUCAAAGAAUUGAGAGAAAUGCAGCAAUUCCUACCAUCAUUUUCGACCCCAGUGAUGUUGGAACAUUGAACUUUUAUCGAAGAGCCAGAACGACUAUCACUGAAUGGCUGGAGGCAAAGGAGCCCAAGACAACUUUUGUCAACGUCGAUAAUCCCAAAGGUCCUUUGAAUGGUUUCCAGCGAAGAUUGGUUCAUCAGCUUGUCCGCAGCGAGUUCCCUCAGUGCAGAUGCUUUCCUCGUUUGGAUGGAUCUUUCAUGCAGAUCGAAAUGAUCGAUCACGAGAAAGAGGCAAAGAAAAAAAUUGAGCAAUUGAAGAUAUUCAACCAAAGAAUUGCCAUGCAAUCUGGAGUACGAUUCAUCUUCGAAGCUCUUUGCGGUGGUGAUUUAACCGGCAUCGAUCCAAUGUGGUCAUACACGGGUGAUGAAAGCACACAACCUAGCAGUCUCGAUUCUUCACGGCCUGUCCUUGAAGCCGAACUUGCAGCAGUUACUAAGAAGCUUAAGGAGAAGCAACAUGUUAUCGUCGGUCACAACCUGUUCACUGAUCUUUGCUUUCUCUACAAGACCUUCAUUGGUACCCUUCCAGCUGGUGUGGGAGAUUUUCAAUCUCAAAUUCACUCGCUCUUUCCCUUCGUCAUCGACACUAAAUUCCUAGCAACCUACAACAGUGAUGCCAUGAACCCUCGUGUCAACCUCAAAGAGUUAUUAAUUCCAUUUCAAAAAGUACACAUGCCACUCAUUCUCCUUCACGAAGAACAUAAUACUUAUGGCGCUGCUUCUGGUAAAUCCCACGAAGCCGGAUUUGAUAGUUGGAUGACGGCCGAACUUUUCGUCAAAUUAUCCGCACAGCUUUAUGCUAAAGAAACAGAUCUUGAUCAAUAUGAAGAUAUUGUCACAGUCGAUUACCAAGAGAGAGAUUACGACUCUUCAUCUGAUUCCGAUGAACAAAAUGCCGGUGGCGCCUCUCUUGUUCCUCAACUUGACAAUCUGCCUAUUGAACCCCCAAUCUCUUCCGUCUCUGAUACUCAUCAUCCAGCUCACUGGCACGCCAUGCAACUCAACAAACCCGCUCUCAAAGUCAAAUCUAAUAAUCCUUUCUUGGCCCUCAAAGUCGAAUAUUUAGAUCAGGGAAAUCCUAAAGGUAGUGAAGUGGAAAAGAAGGGGAAGAAGGUGGCGUUUCCGGAUCAGAUUCCUAAACAGUGGAUUCCGAGUACGGAUGAUAAAUUUUGGGAGGUUUAUAGGAAUAAAUUGAGGGUUCAUGCAGUGGAAGGUGAAGUUUGUGAUUUGGAUGGUGGGAGGGGUGAGAGGGGUGAGAGGGUUAGGAAGCAGGGGAGGAGUAGGGGUGAUUGGGUUUAG